GACCCAAAUGCAGGAAAAGGGAGGCGAGGCAGGUAGACGGUGCAAAAAUGAUUUAAUUAAGGCAAGCAAAAAACAAAAUAUCAACAAAUAAUGUGGAGAUCCCAAAAACGGAGAAAACAAAACUCAGGUCGUUAACAAAAGGCUGGGUAUCAAAAACGUAGAGAAAACUGACGAGAACAGGUUCGGACGUGCACAUGGACAUUGACAAUGACGCAACAAGGAGUGAAAAGAAACUGGGAGCUUAUAUACACACACACAGACAAGGGUAACGACACAACGAGGAACAGGUGAGCACAGGAGGAUGCAGGUUGGAGGAUACACUAGGAGGAGGCACAACAGGUGAAAUCAAUGGGCAAUCACAGGGACAAUUCACACUAGGAGAAAACCAACACAAAACCUAACAGUUUCAUCAUUUAAAUUUGGCAGAGCUGUCAAAAUCACUCGUCCCCAUGGUGUGUAAAAUUAAAGAAAAAAAAAAAAAGAUGAUACAUUUAAUUCCAGCACAAAAUAAAAAAUGAUCCAGAAAUUUGUGUGUGCUCCUGUUGUAAAAAAAAACAGUUGAAACGGUCCCUCCCUCCAAUCGGUAUGUUGUCCGACAGGUUUUGUGAUAUGAGUUUGCUUUGGGAAGACGACUCUUUGUGUGUGACACUUGUGUACCUAGGGUUUUCAGACUAAAAAAACCCUGUUAAAGCACUUGUCCUCUAAACCCUAUGGAUUUGUGAAGAGUGAAGAACCACAUUGCAAGGACAUCUUUGGACGAGACCAGGCAAGCAGGUUCCAUGUAGUUUUUGUUUCAAUGGGUGCCUCAAUGAUGUGGAUUCCUGUGCUGACCUUCCUGCAACUAGUUUACUGCUCUCUCACCUACCGACACACUUCAGGGAGUUCACCGUUAGUGGACCAACAGGCCGCUAAUUCCUUCCUGUCCCGCUCACUGCUUUAUAACAGCUGGGACUUUGAACUAGUGGUGCCUGACAGCCUUGAAAGGGAAUGUCGGGAAGAGAUAUGCACUUACGAAGAAGCCAGAGAAGUGUUUGAGGAUGACACUCAGACGGAACUGUUUUGGACUGACUAUGUUGAAAGCCACGCAUAUGCACCCAAAGUGGAUGUGGCAGGGCUGGUGGCAGGGAUCCUGGCAAUACUAGUGUGCGGUGUGAUUGCAACAGUGCUAGGCUUCUACUUCUACAAGUCCAAGAACAAGGGGGGAAGGAGACCAGUGCAAAUGGUGCAUGAUGGACGUCCAGGCGUAGAGAUGGUGCCCCUGGCAACCGCCCCAGGUCUGCCCAGCUACAACGAGGCUCUAAACCGCAGCGGGAUGCACGAUGCCCCGCCACCACCGUAUUCAGGGGGGGCGCCAUCUGAGCCUGCAGACCCAGGAGACAACGAGUGAGCCUGAGCCAGCCGGAGCUGCUUCAAUGUGGCUGACACAGGCACUUGAUGAUGCUUUGAGUGAAGUUUAAAUAUUGCAUGUUGUAUAACGUAUUUAUGGACGGACUUGAGAGCCAAACUUGGAACGGACAUUUUUGACAGCGUGACGCAUGUAUAGUACGGAUAUGACGCUCUUAACAUUAUGAGACAUUUAACUCAUUGGUUGCCUUUGAUGGAAACUAGCCUCUCCCAGUGGGAAUGGAUUGGACGUCUAGCGCAGUCAAUAUUACCAUAAUUUUUGGACUAUAAACUGCUACCCCCCCCCCCCCCCCCAUUUUAAUCCUGCAGUUUAUAAUUCAGUGCGGCUUUAUUUGUUGAUUUAUUUGGGUUAAAAGGUAACGUUUUAUGACAUGACACUAUCAUGGUCAUUACUGAAUGCUUAUGACAGAUGUCAUGAGGUGUCACCCGGCAAAUUAUGUUACCAACUCUGUUUAUGUCCAGCUCGGACCUUUUACAUCCAUUUAAAAGUGAGAUAAUUUGCCGGAUGACACGUAAUGACAUCUGUUAUAAGCAUUCAUUAAUGCUAAUAACAGUGGCCUGUCAUAAUUUUGAUUAUCUUAUGACAUUCUUAUGGUGCUACUGUCAAAUAAAGUGUUACCAAAUACCAUAACUAGCAAUUAAUGAAACAACUGGAGCAGUAACCGAAGAAAUAAUUAGCACAGAACAUGAAUUUUGAUUGCUAUUUACAUCUGUAGCGCUGCAAUGCAUGCUAGGAGGCAUGUUGGAUGACAACAGUUUUGACAGAAGGUGGCAGCAGAGGUUAAAAACCACAUCUAAUUUUAUUUAUACAAAUAAAUGAGUAUAAGUAAUUAUUUAAAACUACAAUAAUUCAAAAUAAAUAUGGAAAAACAUUAUAAUAAUAAUUGAUAAUAUGCAUGUCAUUUUUAAAAAUGACCAAAAAUAGCCAAUUGCUACAAGCUUAUUAAAGCAAGGGCGUAGGUUUGCAUAGGGACGGUAGGGACGAAACACUAGAAAUUUUUCAGGAUGCUCAUAUUGUCCCCACCAACUUUUAAGCAACCUUAUUUGCGUUAUAUAAUGACUUCAGUUAUAUAUGUUAUUUAGAUUGUCUUCCCAUAUGUUGUAAUUGUUGUAAUUGACCCCAAAGUGAAUUAUUUUCAUUAUUAUCAGACUCACAUGUUCCUUUUCACUUUUUGAAUGUGCCAGUCCAUUUUUUUUCUUCCCUAACGCACAUUGAUUAGCUAAUGGCUUCACCCCCCCCCACCCCCCCACCCCCACACACACAGACAUGCACUAUUAGGGAUAUCAGAAGUUUUUUUUCAAUCAGCAGCAGCCACUGCAGGAAAUAUAAAAAGACGUCAAUGUUAUGGAAGUGGGGAACACACCACUAAUUUUGCUACUGAAAGUCUGACCUACAUCAGAGUUAGCAUGACAUUAAACUGUGUGAACCUGCUAACCUGCAAAACUCGAGUAGGUAGGUGCUUGGAGAGAAGUGUCUUCCUUUAUGUGUUUUCUUCUUUAAUUUCUCUAUUUAGACAAUGUUGAGUGGUCUUAAGACAAAUGUUUUUUUUUUUUUUUUUAGAGAUUAUUAAAAAGCUUACAUUUAUUGUGUAUGUUAAUAUAAUUUAUGUUAAAAUAAUGCAAUUUAAAUUUGCUCAUAAUAUCCGGAUUUUUUUUCUGGAAGUUUUCAAAAUGCUUCUUUAGUAAUUUUUGAAAACAAAAGGUUUGAAUUGAAAAAAAAGAUAAAAGAUAGUAUAAGUCAAUACAGAUUUAUUUUGCAUUGAUCAUUAAGAAUGUCCCGUCCCCAGCAAAAAAUGUACAUGCAGGUUAUGCUGUUAAAGCAUCUCUACCACUGUUGAGACCAAACCUACGCCCUUGAAUGACGGUGACAGACGUCUAAUUAAUUUGAACUGGAUGAAUUGGCAGUGAAUGCUCAUCUUUCAGUGCCAUUAAUAGGAUUUGACAGCGCAAGACGUCCAAGCAAGGGCGUAGAUUUGCAUAGGGACAGUAGGGACGAAACACUAGAAAUUUUUCAGGAUGCUCAAAUUGUCCCCACCAACUUUUAAGCAACCUUAUUGGCAUUAUAUCAUAAGUUCCGUUAUAUAGGUAAUUUAGAUUGUCUUUCUAUAUGUUGUAUGGAUAGACUAGACCCUACCAUUAUUAAAUGAUUACUUUCAUUAUGCUGAGGCUGUCAUUUAUUCCCCUUUUUACUUGCCGAAUGUGCCAGUCCAUUUUUCCCCUCAAACACACGUUUGAUCGGCUGAUGACAUGACAUGACAUCAGCCCCCCCCCCCCCCACACACACACACACACACACUCACAGCCUAGACAGAAAUACAUGUCGACAACAUGCCUUCUCCUCCGCCCCCUUCUACGACAAGGGAUACAUAUUUCGGCCAGCAGCAGCAGCAGCAGCAGCAGCAGCAGCAGCAGCAGCAACCACUGUUAGUAAUGUAAAAAGACGCCAAUGUUGUGGAGGUGGGGAACACACCACUAAUUUUGUUACUGAAAGUCCGACCUGCAUCAGAGUUAUCAUAACAUUAAUCUGUAUGAAUUUGCUAACAUGCAAAAGUCGAGUAGGAAGCUGCUUAGAGAGAAGUGUCCUUCAGUAUGUUUUCUACUGUUAACGUUAAUUGUGAGAAAUGUAGUGACCAAGGUUUAACCCAUUCGCCCCAAUUUUCAUUUUAUUUAUGUGGUCUUAAAGCAGCCCAAAGGAGGUUUAAUUUUUUGUUGAGUUUGGUUGUGUUUGUUGACAAAAGCAGUAGUGUUUUACCUGAAGGAAGGUUCCAUUUUUAUCUAUUUUUGGCAAGGGCGUAGGUUUGCAUAGGGACAUAACACUCCCACUUUUCAGGAUGCUCAAAUUGUCCCCACCAACUUUUAAGCUAUUUUAUUUGCAUUUUAGAAUGAGUUCAGUUAUAUAGGUAAUUUAGAUUGCCUUCCCAUAUGUUGUAAGGAUACAAUUGACCCUACCAUUAUUGAGGAAUUAUUUUCACUAUGUUAAGACUUAUAUUUACCCCUUGUUCACUUGCUGAAUGUGCUAGUCCAUUUUCCCCCCUCAAACUCACGUUAGAUUGGCUGAUGACUUGGACCCCCCCCCCCCCCACACACACACACACGAAAAUACAACAUGUCGCCAACAUGCCGCCUCUUCCGCCCCCUUCAAAGAGGAGGGAUUUUAGAAGUUUUUUUCAGCCAGCAGCAGCCACUGUAAGUAAUGUAAAAAGACGUCAAUGUUAUGGAGGUGGCGAACACACCACUAAUUUUGCUACAACCUUCAUCAGAGUUUGCAUAACAUUAAACAGUGUGAAUUUGCUAACCUGCAAAACUCAAGUAGGAAGCUACUUAGAAGUGUCCUCCACUUUUGUAUGUGUUUUCUGCUGUUAACGUUAAUUAAACAGUGAGAAAUGUAGUAAACCGAGGUUUACCCCCUUUUACCCAAUUUUCAUUUUGUCUAUGUGGUCUUAAAGCAACACUUGGUAACUUUUCAGUUUUGGUCGAUUUUAGCGACGCUGGUGAACAAAAGCGGUAGUUUUUUGAAGACUGCGUUUCCCAUUAGGACCAGCGCAUGAGCGCAUAGUGUCUUCCUAUGAGGGGCGUAACAGAAAAUAAUUGAGAGGGACUGGUAUAACUCAAUACAGAUUUAUUUUGCAAUGAUCAGUUAGCCUAUCAAUUAAUUAGGUCCAUAUUCGUGAGAAAUGUAGCCCUGACCCCCGUUCACCCAAUCUGUUUGGUGGUAUUAAUGUCCCGUCUCAUGCAAAAAGUGUACAUGCACGUUAUGCUGCUAUAUCGUCCCUACCAAUAUUGAGCCCAAACCUAAACCCUUGAUUUUUGGUAUUCCCUAACUAAGACGUUUUUUCAGAUGUGUUUAAUUUCUUUAUUUAGACAGACAAUGUUAAGUGGUCUUACGACAAUUGUCAAUUUUUUUCAUUCCUGGAUAGUUAAGAGAUAAUUGUGUAUGUUAAUAUAAUUUAAAUUCUGUUCAAAUAUUGCAAUUUAAAUUUGCUAAACAAAACAAAACAAAAAUUUCAGACAUUUAUUCUGGAAGUUUUCAAAAUGUUUUUUUUUUUUUAGUAGUUUUUGAAAAUAAAGGUGUCAAGUUCAAAAAUAGACCCUUAGGUAGACAUUUGUAAAAUUAUCCAAAAAUAAGGAGAGAAGACACUCAGUUUUCUUGGCCAAGGAGAGCAAGGAGGGACUAGACAGUGAAAUGCUAGAUUACGCUGUAUAGUCACCAAAAUUGAUCUAAAAAAACCUCCUUGCUCUUUCUUUUAUUAGGGGUUUGUCCUAACACAGAAAGGUGCCGCCCUAAAGGGAGGGGGAAAGCAAGCUGGAGACACCCUUGUGAUUUUGGUUGGCUAUGUGUGAGCAUGUAGGUGGAACUAACUAAAUACACGUGUGUAAGCAAAGGCACUUAGGUAAAGUGGUCAGAAUGACCCAGACACUUCAGUUAUGCAACGCUUCGGCCAUGGAAGAUGCCCUCGAAUGGAAGAUGUCCUCGAAAGUCUAGACGAAAGUCUAGACAUAAGAUGCUGAAGAUGUCCUAGAAGGUCUAGUUACGCAAUGUUGCGGCCAUGAAGCAAGGCAGUUGUCACCCCGGCCCUCUUUAACACUUUGUAACACUUAAACAUGAACUUAAACAGCCUAGUAUAGCAAGCAAUAAAUAUUUACUAGUUAUAUCAAAUAAGAAAAAAUAUGGCAAUAUGUAUUAUGUAUGUAUGAGGUAUAUAUGAGCACAAGCAAAUAUUCAAUCAAUCAAGCAAAUAUUCAAUCAACCCUCGAUAAUUAACUCAACAAAAGGUUUGAAUCGAACGAUGUAUCACUUGAACUAAUACAUAUGAAAGUUGAUAUAAGUCAAUACAGAUUUACCUUGCAUUGAUCAUUUAGCCCAAGGGCGUAGGUUUUGUCUCAACAUUGGUAGGGGUGAUAUUAAAGCAUAACCCGUAUGUUAACUUUUUGCUUGGAAUCAUGGGACAUUAAUAAGACCAAACAGAUUGGGUGAACGGGGUUCAGGGCUACAUUUCUCACCAAUAUGAACCUAAUUAAUUGCAUUGCUAAAUCAGGGGUGCUCAUGACGUCGAUCACGAUCGACCAGUCAAUCGCAAAGCUAGUGUGGGGAGCUCGCGGCAUCCACCCCAAAAAACCUUUUUUUAAAUAUACAUAAUUAUGAUUGUUGCAUGUUGUGUUGUGUGAGCUAUAUAUUAGGCUAUGCAGCACCCCUCUCUCUUUAAGCAGCUUCUUGCUAACGUUUUUCUAGUUCCAUAGUUUCCAGCAGAGUUCACUACAUUUCUCACAGUUUAUUUAAUGUUAACAGUAGAAAACACAAUGAGAAGGACACUUCUCUCGAGGCAACUCCCUACUUGAGUUUUGCAGGUUAGCAAAAUUACAGUUUAAUGUUAUGCUAACACUGAUACAGGUCGGACCUACAGUAGCAAAAUUAAUUGUGUGUUCCCCCCUUCCAAAACAAUGAGCUAUUUUUACAUUUCUAACAAUGGCAUUGACUGCUGCUGGCUGAAAAAAAAAACCUUUCUCAUAUCAAUAAUAUCUAAUGUGCAUGUGUGUGAGGGUCAAGUCAUCAGCCAAUCAAAUGUGAGUUUAGGAGGAAAAAAUGGACCGGCACAUUCAGCAAGUGAAACGAUGUACAUGUAAAUCUAAACAUAAUAAAAAUAAUUCACUUAAUAAGGGUGGGGUCAAUUAAAACAAUUAAAACAUAUGGGAAGACAAUAUAAAUGACCUAUAUAACUUAAGUCAUUACAUAACGCAAAUAAGGUUGCUUAAAAGUUG